AAGAAAUAUUAUGUUAUAUACAUAAAUAAUACGUUAUUUGUCCCGAAAUUAUUAUCUAGUUUGAAUUUUUAAUUUUAGUACAAAUUAAACUGAAAAUGAAAAUCUAAACUAGACAAUAAUUUGAAAACGGCAACAGACUAAUCCCCUCUCUCAAAGUAUCUAAAUGAGGCAUAAUAAGUUCAUUAACAUCCAAGUUUCAUAUAUUAAGAAACCCAAUCUAUAGGCAUCGGUAAAUUGGUGAUACCGUAGAGCCCAAAGUUAAUCUAAAUGAGGUACCAAACCAAAAACAUUGUGCAUAUUUGGGAAGGCCCAAAUGGUAAUUGUCAAUUACUCUGGCCUCCUUAUCUCUUACUCGGAGACCAACUAACCGGAAAUCCGGUCUCCGGCUCCCUCAACCUGAAUCUCUCUGUUUGCUUCCAAUGGCGGGAAUCAUCUUCAACUUCAAGCCGUUGUCUUCAUGCCCGUCUCCCGGCCCGUCCACCUCCUCCUCCGCCUCUGCCUCCAAACCCAUCUUUCUCACCUUCCGUCGUCCUUUUCCCGCCGGGCCGAGAUCACAUUCGUUUGGCUUCAAUAUUCAGGUUACUCAUCAUCGCAAAUAUCUUCCUUGUUCCCUCCUUUGUCAUGCUCAAGCAACGACUACCACUUCUCCACUAGUGGUUGAGGAAUUAAUUCAAACGCUUGGUGGGCAACCUGGAACUUCAACCAAAUUCCAAUCUUUCGUUGUAGAAUUGGAAUCCCGGGGUGGAUUUCAAUCCGCCGAUGCCUUCAAUCGCCUGCUUAAUGCAUUGGUUUCCGAGGAUGAGUUCCAGCUAGCUUUGAACUUGAGCUGCAACUUAAUCAGUUUUUACUCUUGUUAUAAAAACGACCCCUUUUCAGCUAAGAGUGUGCUUGAUUCUACAGUCAUGGAAUUGGGGCUCCAGCCCGACGUUGCCACGUGCACUGCGUUAAUCAACUCCUUCUGCAAGAAUGGCAGGAUGCAAAAGGCCUUUGAGGUGUUUGAGAUAAUGAAUAGGAUAAAGUGUGAGCCCACUAUCAACACUUACAAUUGCCUGCUCAAGGGUUUGUGCUAUGUUGGGAGAAUAGAGGAGGCUUAUGAUUUGUUUACCAACAUAAAGAGGGAGAAUGUGAAGAUCAAACCAGACAUUUACACCUACACUGCACUGAUGAAUGGUUUCUGCAAAGUUGGAAGAUCGAAUGAGGCUUUAGAAUUGCUGGAUGAAGCCCUGGAAAGCGGUUUGAAACCCAAUGCAGUCACUUUCAACACUUUGUUCAACGGUUUCUUUAAAGAAGGCAGGCCCCUGGAUGGUGUUGAACUGUUGAAGAGAAUGCAGGAAGAUUCUCCUCCUGAUUAUGUUAGCUAUAAUACAUUGUUGCACGGGCUGUUGAAGUGGGGUGAAGUGUUGGCAGCCCUGGAUUUGUAUAAAGAGAUGAUCUUGAUUGGUUUCCAGGUUGAUGAAAGACUGAUGAAUGCCCUGUUGAGAGGGCUCUGCAGGCGAGCCCGGAAAGACGAUCGUUUCUUGAAGGAAAUUCACAGCCUGAUAGGCCAAAUGAGGGCGGCCACAACUUCGCAUCCAUUUCCAUCCUAUGACAUGGUCAUUGAGGUCUUUUGCAUUGGUGGAGAAAUACAAAUGGCUUUGGAAUGUUUAGUUGAGAUGAUUAAAGGAGGGAUGCCUCCCAAGUCCAUCACUUUCCGGCGCGUCGUUAGGGCUCUUUGUGGCCAGGGGAAAGUUGAGGAGGCAGUGUUUGCGUUACAAUUGAUGACGCAGAACCCGGGUGACGAUGAUAGUAAUAGAAUGCCAGUCAACUCUUCAUUUGGCAUCUUGAUUGAUGAGAUGAUAAACCUCUCUUCCUCUUGGGAUGUUUAUGGAGCAGCUGCAAUAAAAAUGGGGGUUGUUUUUGUCCCUAGAUCUUCAUAACAAGAGGCCUGAUGGACAGCUCUGGGAAUGGCUGCAGAUCCAAGGGUAGAAUAGAGCUAACUAACAUAGAAGAAUUUGUAAAAUGUGAUUACUAGGAGAAGAUCCUAGCUCUUGAUCUUCUACAGGUUAACAUGGAAAGUGUCUUGUUCAAAUUUGUAGAAACCAUGAACACUGAUCCUUCUAGCGUGGACAGUAUGAAUUCAUCUUGCAUAAUUGACAAGGAAGAGAUAACAUAAAGUUGCGCUGAAUGUAACUGGAGUAAUAACCUAUUGACUACUUUGGCCAUAAUGUUCAAAGGGUUGCAUUUCUGCAAUACGUUUAUUGACUGUCUUUUCCCCUUGAUAUCUUGAAUCCUCAAAGGAAGGCCUUCUGGUUGAGAGAUAGGAGGAAAAUAUGCCUGAGCAAGACCACAGAUAAAACAGGAUAAGAGAAACAAUAAUUGUUUGUAUAUUAUACUCACUAGAGAAAAGAAUUCAACAUUAAAUUGUUUAUGUAAUGAAAAAACUUCGUAGGAAAGCUAUAAUUGUUGCACAACAAGUUCAUCAUCUUCAAAUAAUUGUAUCUCAUGACAUUUCU